AUGGUCGAGGGUAAAAAUAGCCGCCUAGCUGCACAACAACCACAAGUGUCAGCAGCCCGAGGGACGAGCUAUCUGAUAUUGAUCCAAGUGGUAUCGCGAGUGUUGACAUUUGCUUCAAAUCAGCUAGUCUUGCGUCGCUUGUCUCCUGAGGUCUUUGGGGUAGCGACACAAUUGGAGUUGUAUUACAUCACGGUUCUGUUCUUCUCCAGGGAGUGUCUGCGUGCUGCUAUCCAACGAGAGCCACUAGCUAGGUCCUCCGCGGACGUAUCAGAAAAGAAAAAUCCUUCGUCGAAAGAUGAUAAACAAGCUAGUGAGCAAGAGCGAGAGCACGCUCAGGAUGUCUCCCGUUCAUCUCAAACGGUGGUCAACAUGUCCUACCUUGCAAUAGCUCUCGGUAUUCUAUUGUCAGGCUUCCUAGGAAUUUGUUACCAUUUGUGGGCAACGACAGAGACCGCAUCGGUACCGUUUUUUUACCAAAGCGUACAGCUAGUUGGAUUCUCCUGUAUCAUCGAACUUGGGACCGAACCUUUCUUCGCAGUCGUCCUGCAGCGGAUGCUUUACAAGGAAAGGGCUGCAGUAGAAAUGACGGCAGCUUUUGCUCGGAGCUUGGCGACCUGUGGGUUUACCAUUUGGGCUUCUUGGAAAGGCUGGUAUACAGGUGUCUUGCCGUUUGGUCUGGGCUAUUUAGCAUUUGCUUGUGCUUUGCUGUCUGGAUACAGUUGGCAAAUGUUGAUGCGUGACAAGACACGGGCGUUUUCAUUCUGGCUUACCCCAAUUCAAUCACGGUACGAAGACAUUUUCAUCGUGGGUAUUCUCUAUACUAAAUAUAAAAACAGAUCUGGAUCGCAAUAUCUAUUCGAUAGGUUCUCUCGUCGCUUGGUUUGGCUAGGUGCCAACAUGUAUCUUCAAUCAAUCGUGAAGCAUUUCCUCACUCAGGGAGAUUCCAUGAUCCUAGCUGCUUUCUCCACUUUGGAAGACCAGGGUAUAUAUGCCUUGGCGUCCAAUUAUGGUGGUCUCGUCGCCCGCAUGGUUUUUCAGCCCAUUGAAGAGAGCUGUCGGAAUAUCUGGACUGGCCAACUCAACACGACGGACAAAGACAGCCGCAGCCACAAGACCUACGUUGAAGCUGCCAAAUCCCAGUUGGUUAAUGUGAUGCGAACGUACUCCAUCUUUGCUAUCCUCGCCUUGUCCAUCGGGCCCAGUACUAUUCCCAUCUUCUUGCGGUUUUUAAUUGGAUCUCGCUGGAUGUCGCCAAAGGUUCAAGAAUUACUAUCGACAUACUGUUGCUAUAUCCCGUUUUUAGCAUUCAACGGUAUCACAGAAGCGUUCGUGUCGGCCUCAGCCAGUCCUUCGGAUAUGCGAAGGCACGCCGUGUGGCUGAGCGUCUUUUCUGCUUGCUUCUGCCUAGUCUCCUUCCUCUUAUUGAACGUUGUGGACUCUGGCGCAGUUGGCUUGGUCUGGGCCAACGUCAUCAACAUGUCGAUCAGGACAAUAUGGAGCUUUUUUUACAUUCGAAAGUAUCUGCGACAGAACAACUCGGACUUGCAGGUUUCCGAAUUUAGUCCGAAACUUCAAACGUUUGGCGUAUUGGUUCUUGCAGCAUCUCGAAGAGCGGUUGAGCCCAGUCCAUCGUACGACGACUUGUUUUACAAUAUUUUUGUGCUUGGGUUUGCAGCAGUUUGUGGUAUAAUGACUCUCUUUUCGGAACGGGCAUUCAUUCUAGCGCAGUAUAAAAGCUAUUUUCGUGCUUGA